AUGAUACUGGAUCCCAAGGACUUCCCGCAGAUAUGGCAGAAGCCGUCAAGUGUAGACCUCCUGGAGUGUCUUAAACACUUAGAGCUCAGCCCGCCGAUUUGGAAUCACAAGCGUAGGCGGUCGGAAAUUAUUCAGGAGCAAGAGGCCACUGCUUACACGCGGCGGGAAACGUCGAUGUACCUAUCUACUAUCAUCAAGAGCGGCCUUUCCUGGAUCGAGUCCGAAGAUGAGAAGGAAGCCAUCUGGUCGGAGGCAAGUCGCCGACUGUCGGAGAGAUGUGGGAGAGCAGCCAUGGGCGAAAUCAUCCGUAGAUGGCCAUUCAGAGAAGACGCCCUUUCACCCUCCUUCGAGCUGACCAUCCGCGAACCCCCCCUGACGGGAGAUUCCCUGGGGCUCAAGACGUGGGGCUCAUCCUACGUUCUGGCCCAGCACCUGCCGCGCCUUGGCUCAACAUCUUUGUUCCGCCUGUUCGACGAGUCUCUGGGUCAACCCAGGCCGCCAGUCCUUGAGCUCGGCUCAGGGACCGGUCUCCUGGGCUUAGCUGCGGCGGCUUUGUGGAAAGUCCACGUCGUCCUCAGCGACUUGCCUGAGAUCAUGGCCAAUCUGCGACACAAUGUCGAGACGAACAGCGCCGUCGUUGAGUCCAUGGGUGGCUCGCUUGACUGCGGCGCCCUGACAUGGGGAGGCUCGGAGGACGAGGUCGACCAGGACCUAUUCUCCAAGAAGAACCAGUUCAAGCUUGUCCUCGCGGCUGACCCGCUUUACGAUGACGACCACCCAUUUCUUCUGGCCAGCGCUUUCUCAGAUCAUCUAUCGCUCGAUGAGACCUCGCGUGCUGUAGUCAUGGUACCGCUGCGAGAUGCAGCCACGCAGCGUCUACUCGAGAAGUUUCGAAAUGCCAUGUUCGCAGGCCCGGACGUCCUGACUUGUGUUGAGGAAGGUAUACUCGAUGGGCAAGACGACUGGGACGAGAACGAAGCGUCGAGCAACGUGCAGUGUUGGUGGGGUAUCUUCGUUCGCAGCCAACAUCAAGACAGGGAGGUAUGA